ACAUCGCCGCCCAGGCAGCGAGCUGAGCUGACAGCGCGGAGCUGGCUCUGCUGGACUCAGGGAGCCUUACCGGCUCCUCUGACUAGCGUCUGCGAGUUCAACCGCGACUGACCCAUUCGGGUUCGGGGAUUUACACAGACGUGGAGCGAUGCUUGUGACUCUGCAGCUCCUCAAAGAUCCGUAGAAGCCUGUCGGUUGGUGCAGUUCAGGACCCCCGGCCUCAUGGAGCCCCCGGUUCCCCAGAGCGGCGUCCCUGUGAAUCCCAGCUCAGUCAUGGUACAGCCCCUUCUUGAAAGCAGAGCGCCCCACAGCCGGCUCCAGCACCCACUCACCAUCCUACCCAUUGACCAGAUGAAGACCAGCCACGUGGAGAAUGACUACAUAGACAACCCCAGCCUGGCCCCUGCCACGGGUCCCAAGCGGCCUCGGGGUGGGGCCGCAGAGCUGGCGCCUACACCUGCCCGCUGCGACCAGGAUGUUACUCACCACUGGAUCUCCUUCAGCGGUCGGCCCAGCUCUGUAAGCAGCAGCAGCAGCACUUCCUCCGACCAGAGGCUCCUAGAUCACAUGGCUCCACCGCCCGUGGCGGAGCAGGCCUCCCCCAGGGCUGUGCGCCUCCAGCCCAAGGUGGUCCACUGUAAGCCGCUGGAUCUCAAGGGCCCAGCACCUCCGCCAGAGCUAGACAAGCACUUCUUGCUGUGUGAAGCCUGUGGGAAGUGUAAGUGCAAGGAGUGUGCGUCCCCUCGGACGUUACCCUCCUGCUGGGUCUGCAACCAGGAGUGUCUGUGCUCAGCCCAGACCCUGGUCAACUACGGCACAUGCAUGUGCCUGGUGCAAGGUAUCUUCUACCACUGUACUAAUGAGGAUGAUGAGGGCUCUUGCGCUGACCAUCCCUGCUCCUGCUCCGGCUCCAACUGCUGCGCCCGCUGGUCCUUCAUGGGCGCCCUCUCUUUGGUGCUGCCCUGUCUGCUGUGCUACCUGCCAGCCACAGGCUGCGUCAAGCUGGCCCAGCGCUGCUAUGAUCGCCUGAGACGCCCCGGUUGCCGCUGCAAGCACACGAACAGCGUCAUCUGCAAGGCAGCCAGCGGGGACCCCAAGGCCAGCAGGUCCGACAAGCCUUUCUGACAUUUUUGGAUGAAAAUGUGGUCCCUCCUGCCAGUCUCCUGAGGCCGACCUUACUCAUCUGGCCUCUCCUGAAACCCUAGAGUGGGAAGAAACCGGCAGAGAACACUACUGCCUAGCCUUGAGUUCCCAAAAGGACGAAGACACACUUUGGGGAUUCUCACGGUCUUGAAACUUUGUUAAUCAGCAGUGACAGUGUCAGGAUGUGGUGGUAGGGGGCCAGUUUUCCUGUUUCAGAAGACGGAAGACAGAUGUGGACACACUCUGCAAGUUCAGCCACUCAGUGGCCUUCCCAGCCCCUCCGCUCUCUCCCCCUUUACCAUUCUCUCUCUGGCUCCUGCUGGAACCUUCUACUUGGGAGGAACAGCUGAUGGGAGGAGCGAUACCUCGAGGAAGACCCUCAGAGCCUUGACUUCUAUCUUUGCCGUCUCUGUCCAUGCCUGUUGGCCUUGGCCUCUCGGGAAGGUGCACCGUAGCAAUUCCUGCUGUCUGCACUCAAUGGCGGAGAACAAAAUCACAGGCAAGCUGCCACCUCCCUGGAGCUGCAGGGUGGAGAAGGAACCACCUGACAGUGCGUUCCUCCUAGCUUUCAAUCACACAACGUGGGGGUGUCCACUCGUCACACAACCCUCGCUCUUAACCGAGUCACAGACUGGCCUGCCUGCUGUGUGUCCUGAGCUCUUUCGACUCCAAUUCUUUAUAGAAACUUGCUGGGUUAAGAAGGCCAGGAUGACACAAGCAAGACCAAAUAUCAUUUUGCCAAUGAGUCUGAGGCUGUGGUCUCUAGAUCCAGCCAUGAUGUUUUUUUAUAUGUUUAAUGAAACUAGAUGCUAUUGGUGUUUAAACAAUAAUAAUACAACAACUUGCUUCCUUUUGGGCCACCCCCAGGAAGGGCUGAUAUCAAAAUCUGGGGGCAAGCAACCUCAAGGAACGUUCCCCCUGCACAUCAAGAAUGGCAAAGAAGAGGCCGUACCUCCUCCCAUUGGCAGAAUGGCAGCUGAGCCGAGCUGGGGUUGAGUUUUCUUCUGAUUCUGCUGCUUGCUGUCCUAGCCUUUUGUGUAUAGUGACGCGUUUGUCUUUAUGUAAAUAGAGAGAUGACAGAGUCUAUUUUAGUGUUAGGAGGCCCCGUGGGGAAGUCAGAAGAUGUCAGUGAGGGUGGGGAACGAUUCUCCAGGGGCUGCUGGGUUUGAGCCCCAGUUUUUGUGUGCAGCACACACACACACACACACACACACAACCCCUCCCAACAGCCCCCCAAAGACGUAGCAACUCUUUCUCUCACGGUGCUAAAGGACUGGGAAGCGCAGCACACCCAGUGGGUAGGUACUUGUUGCAUGCAAAAAGCUAUAUGUCUCUCUGGUCCUCGCCCCCAGCUGUUGUGUGGGUUUUGGUUUUCCUUUUUUUCCCCCUUUGUGUGGUAUUUUGUUCCCAUCCCUGCUUUUGAUUUGAGAAGUAGCCUAGGUCAGAAGAGGUACCCCAGGUAAAAUGGGGGAGAGCAUUAGGCAGACAUCAGGUGGAGCAUUUUUGGUUCUUUUGUGUGAGCUGCCCCCAGGGAGGAGGCAAGUAGCCGAUAGAGUGGCAGAGUGUAUGUACCUACUGCUCUUUUCUUAAGGAUUCGCCCCACCCCCACCCCGGAAGCUACUACGAGUAGUAGAAGUGGUAACACCUUAUGAUUUAGAGUAAUGUAACUGUAGGUAUUUAUUGAUCAGAGGAAGGGAGGGUUUUAUUUCCAGCUUUAUUUAUGUAACAUUUACUGGCUUGUAAAAGGCAAGUAUAAGUUCUGCAUCUUCCUCGUCUAUAGCUAAUCCAUACAUAGACCUGCCCUUGCCACAAUUGGAAUGUUCUUGCACACAUCGGAAGGAAAGAUAGAAGACAAACUCCCCCCUUCCCCCCAGAUCAGCGAACCACUUAACACUAAUUGAAUGUAUUAGAAGCUUUCUGAAGGGGCUAGAGAUGUUUUCCUCAGAUGAGGUGUGUGGAGGGAAACCUCCAAAAUGAUAGCGCACACGUGCACUCUUUCUAAGAUGCCUGGGAGCUUUGCCCAGAGUCCCUCCCUCAGUUUGUCUCCACAGGACAGCUGACCGACCCAGUGGCGGGUUGCACUUUGGGGAUCUUGGUCUACACACUUCUGUGGACAGUUGAGCUACAUAAGCCGUGUAUGCGCACAUGCACACAUGAUAUAUAUAGACCCUCUAUCACAUAGACCCUGUUUCCUGGCAACCCCUCCCAAACCCUGACUUUGUGUACAUAGCUGUAAACACGGAUUUGGGGGGUUUUGGUUUGUUUCCCCACCCCACCACCUCCUUGUUUUGGCUUAGGAAUGAUGUCUACAGAACUCUCUCCGCCCCCCAAAAGUUUACCGUGGGACCCACUUGCUCAGUGGUAACGGAAGGGGUGAAGGAAGGAUCCUUUUCCCUCUGCCCUGUUGUUUUUCUCUGGCUUCUUGGCAAACACCCACACGUGGAGGAUGCAGACAUACAAAAAAGGGGUAGUUUGUGUGUAGCCGCCCCCCCCCCAUCCCUUUCCCAGGUUAGUCAGCAGGCAUUGAGAGGCUCUUACACCAUUCCUGUAGCUGUCUCCGAUUGGUUUGCUAGUGUUGGCAGCUUGCUUGGCUGAGUUCCAUCCCUUCCAAAGCGCCAGCUGGUUCCCACUUCUAGACCUGCGGUGGGUGUCAGUUGUGCCUGAAGCCGAGGAUGGCAUCUGGAACCGUUCUUAAGGUACCUUGGCUACUUGGUUUCCCCACUGUAGGGAAAGGCUACUCUAAGAA